AUGCGAAAAUAUAAAAUAAAAAAAAAAGAUAAUGUUAUGAAAGAUGUAAAUAUAGAUAAUAUAUUCAAUUAUGUAAAUAAUAAAAAAAAUGAAGGGAAAAGCAAAAUUAUUCUAAUUCUUUAUUUGUGUAAAAAUCUCAAGAAAAAGCAUAUUGAGAAUAGUAAUAAUGUAUUAAUUUUAUAUUUUAAUUUACUACACAUUUUUGAAGAGCAUUUAAUAAAGAUUUUUAAAAGAAGAAUUAUUAUUAAUAGAAAAGAAAAAUAUUAUGAAAAAAAUGAAUUAGAAGAAAAUUUUUCUAUAAGGAUUAAUAAAUUGCAGUUAAAUUUUAGUUAUAUUAUUUUACAUAUAUCAUAUUUUUUGACUUUAAAUAAAAACUAUAGAAAAAGUUUCACAUUACAACUUUUUAUUUAUUAUAUACAUAUAUUGACAUUUAUAUAUUUACAAAAAUAUAUAUUUCAAAAGGAGAAAAAAAUUAAUGAAGUAAUAUUAUAUUUAUGUUAUAUAAAUAUAUUAUUACUGAUUCUAAUUAACAUAUAUAAAUUCAAAUUACACGAAAUAUUAAACAAGAGAAAUUUUUAUAUAAUAUCAAAAUAUAUGUUUGCAAUUAUUUAUUUAUUUAGUCAUAUAAAGAGAAAUGGUAAUGAAAGAAAAUUAUCCAUUUUCUUUUAUGAUUAUAUUUAUAAUGUGAUGAUAAUUUUAAUUGAUAAAUAUUGUUUUUAUCUUAAAAAAAAAAACAAAAUUACAUAUGAAAGAUUAACUACCUUUUAUAAGAAUUUUAUUAUAUUUAUUUAUAACUAUAUCAGUAAAUUUAAAGUUUUUAAAUAUGUAGAAAGUUAUCUAUUAAGUAGUAAUAAAAGUAUUUUUUAUAACUUAACCUUAUUAAGUAUAAUCAAAAAUACGAUAGAUAUACAUUUUCUAAAAUACAAUCAUAAUGAAAUUGAUUUAAAAAAUUUUUAUACUUUAAAAUUUAAAAAUAAUCUAGAAGAAAAAAUAGAAACAUCGUUAAUUAAAGAUCAAUUAAACAAUAAUUUUGAGGAUAAUAAAAUUGACAUUAUUACUAAUUAUAUGAAAUACAAUGAAAGUAACAAUUGUAAUGAUAAUAUAAAUAAAAAAGAUAAUAUCUUAGUAAAUGUAAAUUAUAAAACAAUAAACUAUAUUAUUUUUUUAAAAUUAUUAAAAUUAGCAGAAGUAUUGUUAAUAAAAAAGGAUAGAAUUUUUUUAACUUUAUAUAUAUAUCGUUUUAUUAAUAAAAUAGCUAAUAAUACAAUAAAAGAAAUUUAUAAAUGUAUAAAAAAAAAAAAGAAUGUAUAUUUGAAUAAAUGUGUCUAUUAUAGAUUAUUACUUUUAUAUGAAUUUUAUUUUAACAUUCUUUUUUUUAUAAUUAACGAGGAAGGUAAAAAUAGAAAAAAAGAAAGUAAAAAAUAUAAUAAAUUUCAUAUUUAUUUUGUUGAAAAUUCUUUCUUAUAUAUAUAUGAAAUAUAUAUGUUAUUGAUCAUUUUGUUAUCCAGAAUACGUAGUUUUUAUAAAAUAUUUAAUAAAAAUAAUUUUUCCUUAUUAAAAAGAAUUUUGUAUAUAAGAAAAUGUAAUAAUUACAUAAUUAUAAAUAGUAUUACAAAAUUAAUUUGUGAUUGUUUUUUUAGUCAAUCAUUAUUUUCAUUUAUAAUUUUAAAAUGUUUAUUUAAAAAUAAUAAAAAAUUAAACUAUUUUUUACAAAAAAGAAUCCAUAUAUAUACAUCAAAAAGAAAAUUUUUUGUUAUUAUAAAUAAUACCAAUAUAUAUAUGAAUAACAAUAAAGGUAAAGAUAAAAAAUUUAAAAUUAAUAAAAAUAAAAUAAAAAUUAUUCAAGAUAAUAAUUUUAAUAAAUUAAAAAUAUUUAACACUAAUUUGUAUUUUGAUGAGAAUAAAGGGUUUCAUACAUGUGUAAAUAGUUAUAUAAAAGUAAAUUUUUUGUUAAAAAAGGAAAAUUAUGAAGAAAUAUAUUCUAAUAUCAUAAAAGAAAAUAAGAAUUUAGAGUUUUAUAAUAACAAUGUAACAACAGAAGAAGUUAAACAAGAUAGUAAAGUUGAUGGGAAAAUAAAUGAAGAAUUAAUUGAAAAUUAUUAUAAUGAAAAUAAAAUAAUAUAUAAUAAAAGAUGUUCUGAAAACAAAGAAAAAAUAUAUUCAGAAAAUCUAAAAAAAAAUGAAUUGAAAUAUAAUAAUUUUAAUAGAGAAAUAUAUGAUAAUAAAUUAAUAACAGAUUGUAAUUUAAUUUUUAAAAGGAGUUCUAAUAAAGUUGAAAGUGAACAGAUUGAACAAACAAAUUAUAGAAAAAUAUAUUUUCUUUUAUUAAUGAAUAAUUUUAUAUCAGAUAUAAAAAAAAAAAAAAAAUAUUUUAUUGAAUAUAAUUGCAGAAAUUAUUUAGCCAUAUAUGUUAAUAAACUUCAUUAUUAUUGUAAUAAUAUUUUUAAUAAUAAAUCUCUUUUUCGUCAUAAUUUAAGUUCAUUUAUUAGAUAUAAUUUAAAAAAAAAUACAAAUUUUAUUGAAAGUAUAACAUCAUUUAAUAGGAAGCUUAAUUUUUAUAAUAAAAAAAUUAGUGAAAAAAAAAAAUUUAUUUUUAAAAAUAAGAUUGUUAGUUUAAAAAGCAUAGAUAAAAAACAUAAUACUACUAAGUAUAUAUUUUUAAAGAAAAUUUUAAAUUAUAAAAACAAAUAUUUUAAUAAUGAAAAUUAUUAUUUUAAUUUUUUAUUUAAUAUAAAAUUUCUUCAUAAUUUAAAUGAUAAUAUUAAUGAAUAUUUUUUAUUCAAAAAAAAAAAGAAUAAGAAAAAAAUGCUUUUUAAUAUUAGUAUAAACUUAAAGGAUAAAAUUAAAAAAAUGAAGUAUUCUUCAAAUAAUCAAUACACUAAAUCAGUUAGAAGUUUUUCAUUAAAUUCCAUUGAAGAAAAAAGUACAGGAAAUGAAUUAUUAAUUGGUGAUACAUAUUCUAACAAAUUACAAUAUGAACAAAAAAGUAAAAGAAGAAAAAAAAAUAUUCUUUAUUUUUUUUUCCUAAAUUAUAAUUAUUGUAUCUUUAAUUAUGAAAAAAAUGAACAAUUACAAUAUUUUCUAUUAGAAAUAUUAAAAUAUUUUGAAGCUAUUAUUCCUUAUAUAAAUAUAUAUAAGUAUAUUUGUGCAUACUUAUUAUUUAUCAUAUCAAUAAUAGAAAAAAAACCAUUGGAGUAUUUAAAUAUCUAUAUGAUUGAUAGAAAUUUCAAAACAGAAAAAAAAACAAAUACAUCUAAAGAAUUUGAAAAUUUAGAAAAUAAGCAUACAAAAAAAUAUGAAAAGAUCUUUAUAGAUAAUUUAAAUAAAAAAAGUGAAAAUUCUGUUUGGAAAUUUUUAGAAAAUAACAAGUUUAGUAAUACUAAAAGAAAUAUAAAUGAUAGUAAUUAUUUCAUAAAUAUAAAAAAUAUUCAUGAAAUGGGUAAUGGCAAAAAUAAAUAUUCUAAUAUUUUUAAGGAAAAAAGGACUUUUUAUGAAGAAGAAAAUCUUAAUGAAAUAAUAAUGAAUAAAAUAAAAGAAAAUUAUGAAUAUAUUGAAAGAAACGUUAUUCAACAUAUGAGAAAUAUAAAAGAUAAAAAAUUUUCUAUAUUUCAUAAAGGAAGAAAUAAAAUGAUUUUAAAAGUGAUAUUAGGAAUAACUGAUAAAAUAAAAAUAUAUUUAUUUAGUAAUAUAUUUCACUAUUUAUACAAGAGCAAAACAAAAUACAGUAAAUACAUAAAUAUACUUUCGUUAUAUUUUUAUAAAUUAUAUUUCACUCUUAUAUAUGUUGAAAUUUAUAAAAAAGACAAUUUAAAUAGAAAAGAAAUAGAAAUGAUUAAAAAUAAAGUUAUUCAAAUAACACCAAUUUUAAGCAUAAAAUAUAUUAAUAAAAAUAAUAUAAAAAAUUUAUGUAAAAAUUAUAUAUUGGAAAAUCUUAAAGAAAACAAAAUACAUGAUAAUAUAAGAUUAAAUUUCACAAAUUAUGAGAGACUUUAUAUUUAUAUAAUUUAUUACAUAGAAGGUAUUAGGAAAAAAGAGGAUAUUUUAUACUGUUUUUUUUUAUUAAUUGAUAAAAAUAUAUUUAGUAGUAAGUUUUUACAUAAAAAUAUAAAAAAAUUAAUUAAAUAUAAAAUAUAUGGGUUUUUAAAUGAAUUGAAUUCAUUUAACAAUUACAAUUUUAUAAAUACAACUCUUUUUUUACUAAUGAAUAUAAUGAAUUAUAACAAAAUCAUAAGGAAUUAUAUUUAUUGCAUUUUUGAUCAUAUAUUUAAACUAAAAUUAAGUACAUUAUAUGAUAAUACAUUCCUUGUGUGUUUUUUAAAAAAUUUAGAGAAAAGUAGUCUUGAUUAUGCCUUUUCUAAAAUUCUAUAUGAUGAAAAAAAAACAUUUAAAAAUAUAAUAGAUAAGAAAAAAAACAAAAUGAUUAAAAUUAUAUACAAAAUUAAUUUAUGCAUGACGAUUAAUUAUUUGUUACUUCUUAAAAUUUUAAAUGGUUGUAAAUUGUUUUUAAACUUAUAUUCAUAUUUUUAUUAUGAGUUUUAUAUUUUUUGUUUUAAUAAGUAUGCAAAAAAAUAUAAAAACUAUCUUAUUAGAAACAAUAAAUUAUACAAACAAAUUUACCCUAAUAUAAAAAAAAAAAAAAAAAAAAAAAAAUAUUUUUUACACAAUUCAAUAGAUAUAAAAGAACAUUACAAAAAAAAAAAAAAUAAUUAUAUGGAUGAUAAUAAAAAUAGUUUAAUCAGUUAUAAUGAUAAAAAGAAAAGUAGCUUACUUGAUAAUAUAAUAAAUUCGAGUGGAGAAAUUUAUUUAAGUCAUAAAGUUAAUAAGAAUAUUAAUGAAGAAAAAUAUAGGAAACAUAUAAAUAAUUUCUAUAAUAGUAAUUUAGAAAUAUUAGAUAGAAGCGAAUAUGGGCAUUUAACCAACAGAAUGAAUACCAAAAAAAUGAUACAACACACAAAUGAUAAAGUUGACUAUUAUAAUUUAUCUUCAGAAAACUUAUUUUUAAUACAUAUGGAUGAAAAAAGUUCAUCUACUGAAAUGAAAUCUAAUAAAAAAUUAAAUUUUUCUAACAAGCAUAUAUAUGUUAAUAAAAAAUUAAAAAAAGACAAAAGAUAUAUACUUAAUGAUAAUAAUAUAAAAAUGCCUAAAUAUACUAUGAGUUAUUCAAAAAAUUUCUAUAAUAGAAGGCCAUAUACUUUAUUUAAAAAGUAUAAUACACUUGAUAAUUAUACAAGAAUAUUAAGAAAAAAAAGAAAAACAACUUAUUUGAAUUCAGAGAAUGGUUUUAGUGAUUUAUUUGAGAAUUAUAUAAAAAAUGAUUAUUUCGAAAAUGAAGCUAUUGAUAAUGAUUUGAACUAUUUUAAAAUAUUAAAAAAAAUUAAAGGAAGUAAUACUCACAUAUAUAAUAUAUAUGAUAUAAAAAUAAGCAAAAAAGUUAUAUACUGCAAAAAAUAUUUUAAGGAAUACUUAAAUAUAAUCAAUUUUUUAACCUGCAUUUUUUUAGCAACUAAUGUAAAUAAUUUAAAUAUGAGCAUGCUAAAUAAUAAUUAUAUUUAUAUAAUAUCAAAAAUAAUAAAAAAAAAUUUUAAGUUUUAUUUUUUCUUUUUCUAUUAUAAUAUUUUUAAAAAUAAAAAUAAAAGAUAUAAAAACAUAUACAAUGUUAAUUUCAAUAUUAUUCUAAGUAGUUCUAUUAGAAAAAAUUUUAACAUUUCAAAAAUUAGUAUUAAAAAUAAAUAUAUAUAUGUAUUAUAUACAUUAUCAUGUAUUUUAUCUAUAUAUGAUUAUAAAUAUGCUUUUUUUAAUUAUUAUUUUUUUUUUUUCUACAAAUUCGUAAAAAUUUUAGCGAAGUUGUCAUUGAAAUCUGCAUCUAUAUCAAACUUCCUCAUUGAUAAGUUUAGUAAUUAUUCAAAAAAUAUAGAUGAUAAUAAAGAUCAAAACAAAAGCAAGGAUUAUAAUAAUUCCAUUUAUAAGAAUAAUGAAUGCGUUAGAUAUUUUUAUUUUAAAAGUGAUAUUAAUGAAGAUUCAGAAAAAAAAAAAAAGGAAAAAAGUUAUAAAGAAAAAAUAAUUUUAAAUGAUAGUUGCAAAUUUUUAGCAGAUAUUUCUAAAAACAAAAAUAAAAAUAGUUAUUUCAUUUCUCAGAUUAAAGAUUGUUCUAAUGAAGUAAAGAAAAAAAAAAAAAGAAAAAUUGUUUUUAACAAUUAUGAACAAAUUUUCGUUGUGAGUGAUAUUGUAAUGAUAAAAAAUUAUAUAAAUAAUUAUAUAAGAAAGGAGGAUAACAAAAUUCAUAAUAAUCUAAAAUAUAACAGAAUAGCUAACAAAAAUACAUUAGAUCAAUAUAUAAAAUAUAUUAAUAAUGCAAUGAUAAUAUAUAUUUUUAUUAAUUAUAUGAUUUUAAUGAAUGAUAAUAUGAAUUUAAGCAAGAAAAGAAUUAUAAAAAACAAAUUAAAAUUAUUAGAAGACUAUAAAAUUUAUUUAAUGAAGAAGAUUAUUGAUAUUUAUUUUUUAAAUAUUCCAUAUUUAUGUAAUUAUCUAGUUGUUACUCUAGAAUUCUAUUUUGUUUUUAGUAAUUCUUUUUUAAGUUUAAAUUACAACAACUUUAUGUUAAUUAAAGAUAUGAGUUUUUUUUUCAAAAAUUCUUAUAUUUACUUUUUAACUAAUAUGUUCAAUAAAUUACAAAAUUUAAAAACAUUUUAUCACAUAAAUUUUUAUAAAAAUUCUAAUUUAUAUUUUCAUAACUUUAAAAAAUUUCAGAAGGAAAAUUUGGAUUUUAGUAAAAAUAAAACUUUUAAUUAUAUAUGUAGUGGUUCAAACUCAGAUUUGGAAAAAUAUGAAAGAAAAAAUAAAAAUGAGGAAGGAUAUUUAUUUAUUAAGAAGAGAGAUAAAAUGAAAAUUGCAAAAGAUAAUUGUACAAAAAUUGAAUUAAAUGAAAAAUAUGUAAAUGGUAGAUAUUCAUGUAACUCAUCAAAUAAUAUAAAAAAAUAUUAUAAUGUUUUAAAUAAUAAUAGUACAUAUUCUACUAAGGAAAGUAAUAUGAAUAUAAAAGAAAACGAGAUAAAUAAAAGAAGUAAAAAUAAAAAAGAAGAAAGAAAUACAAUAAAAAAUUAUUAUACAGAGGAUAGUUUAAGUGAAUAUAAUGAUUAUAUACAUAAAGAUACUUUUAUUGAAUUAAAAGAAAUAUUUAAAAAAAAAACGAAAGAAUAUAUAAAAAGUUAUUAUGAUAGAAAUAUUAAAAAUAUAUGUUUUCUUUUUCGUUGUCUUAAUGAUAUAACAAGCAUUUGUUUAUUUUUAAAUUUUUAUAUAAAUUCAAAUACAAAAAUUAAUGAAAAAUAUAAUCAUAUAUGCUUUCAAAGUAUGAAUAAUAUAUAUUUAUAUAAUUUUAGAUUUUCAAAUAUUGGUUACAACUUUAUAUCUAUCAUAUUUAUAGCUUUAAUUAAAAUUUUUAAUUAUACUUCAAAAUUUUUUCAUUCUUACAAUUAUUUCGUUCAAUUAUAUUCUAAAUACAAAUAUAACUAUUUUUUAUAUUUAGAUGAUUCUAAUAAUUUUUUUACAUUUUAUAAUGUUUAUAAUUUUUCAGUUAAGAAAGGUAAGAAUAAGAAAGAAAAUUUUGUCAACAUAGAUAAAGAAAUAAGUGGCUUUUGUAUUAGUGAAAUAUAUGAUUUUAAUAAAUUAUUACUACAAAAGAGUUUUAUAUUUUUAACUUUUUUUUUUCAUAAUUUUAACAACAUUAUAUCUGAUAUUUAUUGCAUAAAUUGUUCAAAUAAAUAUUCGAUGGGAAGUCAUGAUAAAAAUACCUCAUUAAAUGAUUUAACAAAAGAAUAUAAAUUUAAAAAUAAAAAAAUAAAAAACAUCUUUAUAAACUCUAAUAAAACAAAUGACUUCUUUCCAAAAAGAAAAAAAAAAUGUAAAAAAGAAACAGAGGAAAAUAAGGAGUAUUUUCCUAGUUAUAUGAAAAAAGAGAAAAAAUAUAGUACACAUGUUAAUAAUGAUGAUAAAAAUAAGGAUAGGAAAGAAAAAGAAUAUUUAGAAAAUUCUCAUGAAAAUAAUGAACAAAUAUGUAAAUCAUAUAAAACUAUAAAAACAGAAAAAAAAUCAAAUAAUUUUUCAAAUUUACAGCAAAUUGAAAAAAUGAAAAUUAACCACAAUUAUAAAAAAAAUAAGGCUAGUUAUGAAGAUUAUCAUGAUGAUGAUAAUAGAAUUAAUAAUUUUCGCAAAUACACAAAUAAUAUUUAUUCCUAUUUUAAAAAGAAAGUUUCCUAUUUAAAACAUAUUAAUUAUGAUUAUUUUUACCAUAUUUCUAAAAGGAAAAAUGCUUCAAAAAAAAGUAUUAAAUAUACAUAUAAUAAUGAAAUUAUGAAUAAAAUAAAUAAUAAUAAUAAUAUAAAAAAAAUAAAUGAUGAAAAUAUGAGUAUUAAUGAAAAAAAAAAUAAUGAAUAUGAUUAUGAUCUUUAUUCAUUGAAAGAUAAUGAGGAUGAUUUAAAUAUAUUAAACGCAUAUAAAUAUAUGUUGAAUUAUCAAAAAACACAUAAAAAAACAUUAUAUGACUAUAAUUUAAAGGAAGAAUUAAGCUGUAUUUGUAUAAAUAAAUAUAUAUAUAUUUGUAAUUUAAUUUAUAAUUAUCUUAUUUAUAUUUUAGAAAUGAAAUAUAAAUAUAAGAAAAGAAAAUUGUCCAUAGUUUCAUAUAAUUUAAUUAAAAAAAAAAUUAAGAAUUUAGAAUCAUUUAGUAAUAAUAAUGAUAAGAAUUAUAAUAUAAUAAAUACAAAACAUUUACUUAAUCUUGAUUUUAUUAUUCUAAGUAUUUUAUAUCUAUUAGAAACUAUUUAUAUAAAUUUAUAUAAAUGUAAACUAUUUACAGAUAUGUGUAUUUUUAAUAAUAUAAAAUAUAUUUGUUUAGAAAAUAAUGAAUUAAAAAGAAAUGAUGGUAAUAAAUAUAAAAAUACAGAAUAUACCUCUAAUAAUUUUAAGUAUAAUGCAAAUUAUAAAGAUAGAAAUGAUCUCACAGAAUUAUUUUAUUAUUCUGAUUAUUACAAUUCGUUAUAUAGUAUGAAUAAUAAUAUAUAUAAAGGCGAAAGUAUUAAUAAUACUUUUAAUAUUAAAAAUUAUUACAGCAAAUAUAGUAUUGAUAGUAUUAAUAAUUACAGUGUUAAUAGUAAUGAUAAUAAUAACACUUAUAAAAAUUAUAGUAAUAUAAAUCUUAAUUAUGAUAAAGAGGAAUGUUGUAAAAUGAAUAAUAGUAAUAAUAUUAAAGAUUAUGGUUAUGAUAACAGUUUAAGGAGUACAUAUGAUGAUGAUAAUUUAAAAAGAAUACUUUCUAAUUUCAAGAUUGAUAAUCAUUUUGAAAAUAGAUAUAAAGAACGAUAUAGAGAAUUCUUAAACAAAAAAAUUAAAAGUAAUAUAAAUUUUAAUAAUGAUUGUAUCAACAAAAAAAAAGGAAAAAUAUAUAAAAAUAGUAAUAAAUUUUCCAAUAAAGUUGAAAAUGAAUAUGAGAAAAAAUACAGUGACAUUGACAUUUGGAAUGAAUAUAAUCAUAAUUUUAUGAAUAUGAAAAUUAAUAAAAAUUCAACAUCUACUAAAAAUGAACUAAAUUAUUUUAGUACAAUUAGUAAUAUAAUAAAAGGUUUUAAAAAUGAUAAAGUUAAAGGAAAUAAGAAUAAAAGAGGAGAAAAUAAAAUAAGAGAAUUAAAUAAAAUAAAUUUAUUUCAUAAAAAUAAAAAUUACAGAAUAUCUAAAAGUAUUAAAAACAUAUCAUUAAGUGAAUUUUUCAGUGAUAAAAAGUUAAUCAAAAAGGAAAAAAAAAAUGAAUUAUCUUUAAAUUAUUUUAAAAAUUACAAAAAUUUAAGUGAUAACUAUAAAAUAAAGUUCAAUAAGAAAAAAAAUAGAAAAAAAUUUAAAUAUAACAAUAUUUAUAAAAUAAGAAAAAAAGGAAGUAAGUAUUAUAAAAAGGGGAAAUGGAACAUUGGAAAUAUAUCACUAAAAAAAAAAUUCAAUUCUAAAAAUAAAGAAAUUGAAAACAUAAGAACGAACAAUUUAUCUAUUAGUUAUAAAUCAAGAAUAAUAAAAAAUAAAAAUGUUAAUAAAUUAUUAAAAAUGAAUAUGGAAAAAGAAGAAGAAAACAUAGAGAGAAUAAGACAGUUAUUUUUAACAUUUAAUAAUAAUAAAGAAAAAAAAAUAAAUAAUUAUAUUCAUAAUGUAUUUAAAUAUAUAUCUCUCUACUCAAAUUUUAAUGUAUGUUAUAAAAAAGAAAUUGAAAUAUUAAAUUAUAAAAUAAAGAUAAGAAGGGGGUUAUUGAAAUCUUUAUAUUCUUUUUAUUAUAGGCAUAAUAUAUCUGUAAUUUACAAAAUUUAUAAGAAAAUAGAGUAUAUAUAUACUUAUUUAAAUUUAUUAUAUUACAACAAUAUAAUUAAUGUAAAUUUAAAGGAAAUGAAUGACGAAAUAAGCAAAUAUUCUUUACUUAUUAUAUCAAAAUAUUUGAAAUAUCAUAUACAUAAUUCUAACAAAUUAUUUAAUUCAUUUAUUUUAAAAAUAAUAAAUUAUAUAAAUAAUAACGUUCAUAGAAUUAGCGAAUUUUUAUGUAUGUAUGAUUAUAGUAAUUUAUUGAACAUACUUAACCAAUAUAUAAUUAAUAUAAAUAUAAGUAAUAAAUUAACAAUAAAUAAAUAUAAUUUAUUUUUAUUCAGAAAAAAUAAACUAAUAUAUGUUCCAAUAUCUAACAUAUUAUUUUUAUACUGUAAUAAUUUUAGCUUAAAUGAUAUAAUAAAGAUAUUAUAUAGUCACCCACAAUACACUCUUUUUUUAAAAAGUAUAGCAAUAAAUAAUUUAGUUUAUUUGUAUAAAAAAAGUACAAUUACAAAUACCAUAUAUUUGCAAUUAUUUGAAUAUUUAAAAGUAGAUUUAGGUAAUAGAGUUUUCUUUUUCAUUAUUUUCUUUUCAUUUCAUUCCUUCAAAUUUUUGUAUGAUUUUUUUUUAAAUAUGCACACAUAUAUAAAGGAUGAUUAUUUAUUGCUUUUAGGAUAUAAUAAUUUAAAAAAGGGAGAAACAUUCUUAUUGCCAUUAAAAAAUAAUAAAAACUCUAUUUUAAAUAAGUAUGAAGAUAAUAUAGAAAAUAGCUUAGUAUUCCAUAAGGAAUUAUUUUUUAAGAAGAAUAAUUCAAUAAAAGAUUUCAUAAUUUUAUGUGCUAAAAAAAAUAGUGUGUUAAAUGAGUGUAAAAGUUAUAAAAAUAAAAUUAUUAACAAUCUAAAUAUAAAUAAUUUUAUUUUUCAUAAAUAUCAAAAUUAUGUAAAAAAAUCAGAUGUUUUAUCUUUAAAAUGCUCCUUGAUUAAAAAAAUAUUUUUAGAAAAUUUAGAUACUAAUAGAAGAAAUAUAUUAUUAGAAUCGUGUCAUUUGCAUAAUAUUAUAUUUUGUAUUAGUAAGAAGGCAUCACAAUUAGACAAAAAUGUACAAAACGAUUUUGUUAAAAUGGAGAUUAAAAAUUUAUUAAAUAAUUAUGAUAUAAAUAAUUUUAAAUUAUUAACAAAUAAUAAUAAGGUUUCCUCUAUAUCUGAUAACAUACAAAUUUUAAUGUCCGCUACGCGAUCUCCUAUUUUUUUAACUUUUAAAACAACAAAACCAAAUAUAAAAGAAUAUACAAAUAUCCAUCCAUUUGUAAAAUAUUUUACAAAUGAAGGAAAUGAAAUUAAAAACAGAUUAAUAUCAAUGCAUGAUAUAAAUAAUGAAUGUGUAAUUGAUGAACUAUCAAAUAAUAAUAAAAUAAGAAAUAUAAGUAGUUGUGAUAAUACAAACAAUUUUGAAAAGAAAAUUAAAUGUAAUGAAAUUAAUAAUAUAGAAAAAAUAAAAGAAAUAGGUAGCUUUUCAAAUAGAGAAAGUAUAAGUAAUAAUAAAAAAGAAAAAAAUAAUUUACAAAAUGAUACAAGCUGCGUUAAUAUAAAAAAAGAUAUGUACUGUUCAGGUAAAAUUAAUGAAAAACGAAUAAUUAGUAAUAUUCAUGAUUUAAAAAAAAAACAUUAUGAAGAUAUAUCAUAUAUUUAUAAAGUAAAUGAUGAUGUAAGACAAGACAAAUUAGUUAUUCAAACUAUUCAUAUAUUUAUUCACAUUUUAAAUGAGUAUAAAUUAUUUUAUAAUUUAUUCCCUUAUAAUAUAGUUACAAACAAAUUUUUUAAUGUAUAUUCAAAUGAAGAAGAUGAAAUCACUGAAAAAAAACAAUCAUAUAAUGUUAAGGAAAAAAAAUAUAAGAACAAUGAUAAUACUAAUAAAAAGGAAAAGGAAAAUGAAAAUAAAAGAAAAUUUUCUUUUUCUUUUUAUUUGUUUAAUAGAAACAAAAAAAAAAAAAAGAAUGUUUUUUCAGACAAUAUAAACAAGUGUUAUCAUAAUUAUGAUGAAAGUAAUAACGUUAGCAAAAAUAAUAAAUUAAAGGAAGAUAUAAAAAUUGUUUCAGAUUCUCACAAUGUUAAUAAUGUAAGUUUACAUUUUAAGGAACAAUUAAAGAAUAACUCUAAAGGAAGAGAAUUUUCUAACAAAAAAAAGAAAAAAAAAAAAAAAAAAUUUGAAAAUUUUGGUGCAAUUAUUGAAGUAUUAGCAAAUACAAAAAGUAGACAUGAUAUAGGAAAAAAAUUUAAUAAUAUAAUAAAAUAUUAUCAUUUACAAUUUUCAAAUACUAAUUUAUAUAUAUAUGCCUUGAAAAAUUUUAUCUCAUCUUUAGCUGCAUAUUCAUUGUUAUCAUUUAUUUUACAAGUAAAAGAUAGACAUAAUGGAAAUUUGUUAUUUGAUGAAUGUGGAAAUAUAAUUCACAUUGAUUUUGGUUAUAUUUUAAACAUAUAUCCAGGUAUAUCAAUCAAUUUUGAAUUAGCACCAUUUAAAUUAACAAGAGAAAUGAUUAUGCUCUUAACUAUUAAUAGUCAAAAAAAGCAGUAUUUUAUUUUUUCAUAUAUUCAACUAGUAGUAAAAGGAUACUUACUUUUAAGAGAAAAAAGUGAUUGGAUAAUUUCAUCAAUUUUAAGCUUAUCUCAUUCUGAUAUUAAUUGCUUUAAAUAUAAUACAAUUGAAAAAUUAAAAAAAAGAUUGAGAUUAAACAAAAAUGACAAUGACGCAAGCAUUUUUAUGGUUAAUAAAAUUCAUCAAGCGUAUAACAACAUAACAACUAUAAUGUAUGAUUAUAUACAAAAUAUUCAACAAGGUAUUAAAUAA